CAGCACAGGCCUGCUUCGUGGUCCACUGUCUAUUAUUCCCAUCCUUUACAGGUGAAGGACAACACCAGCCACGACUUCACGGCCGCGUUCCUGGUUCCAGACGACCAGCACCAAUUGCAUCAGAAUCUCUUGUCUCUCAGCUUUCUUCUGAUUAUAUUUUCCCCUUCUCUUACCUGGUGUGUCACCACUGCGCCGCUGUCAUUACUUGACCCUCGCUGGUACCCUACCCUGAGCCGCUGCUGCAAGCAGUUUGCACCAAGAGAGCGACCCUGCCAACCCUUUCUUCACUCACACCCGCCACAGCUGCUUGACCAAAAGCCACAAACCAACCAAACUGCCUACAUCUGGUGACACACUGGAUAACCUUCGUCCUGCCCUCUUAUACUUGGAUCGAGGGAAUCAUCAUCUGGAGAAGUCUUUGAUCUUUCGACAUCGACAGGUUUUUUUUCGUCUUUUGCAUCACGGCUGCUUGGCUUUUCCCCGGCCUCCCGGUUUUUACAUCUACACGGAGCAAGCUUUGGUCUGUCAUCGACCGACUUGCACCGCCGAUUGACGACCUUUGCUAUUGUUCAUUUAUAUACGACUCAUCCUCCCAUAUUCACCCAGCACCGGUGGUUAGAGCUCAGGUAUUCACCUGCUAUUGUUUACAGUUGCCGAAUGGAGAGCAAUGGACAUUGAGCAGCACCGCUCACACCUGGCAUCGCCCAUUACAAAUUCUCACCCAACUCUCUCUUUUCCCACACCUACUUCUUUUACCUCGACUCCCAUACAACGGAAAGUCGUCAUUCAUGAGAUGCCAUCCAAAUCCGUCAACAACAUGAACGUGCAGCAUAGCUUCUCCUCUGUUGCCGAUGCCCUAGAGGCUGAAGACACCAUGUCUGAUAUCAUCCCACAGCAACCUUCGACUUCCACCCGCGCCGCCCCAACCAGUACCCGAGCUCGUGGAGGUCGCGGUCGUGGCGGCUCCCGCGGAGGCAGAGGUCGUGGUGGCAAGUCAUCACAACCGAAAGCUCCCGCCGGUCGCGGUCGUCGUCAGAAACUUUAUGAGGACAGCAAAGUACAAGCUGCCCACGAGAGAGCGCAGGAGCUGAAGCAGGCCUGGGGCGUGCUCUCCAAGUUAGUCAAGCCAGCAGCCCAAGAGAUCGCCGACAGGUCGAUCAAUCAGCUUCUUGAAGACCCUGGUGUCGUUGAGAGAGUACCCGAAUUCGACGUCGCUCAAAAGUUCCUGAAGCAGCGAUACGAAGACACGCUCAGCCAGAAUGAUCGAAUUCUCGAGAUGAGCCGUCAGAUGGCCCAGCGUGUUUAUGAAGGCGAGGUCGAAGCAGCCAGAGCUUCAUAUGCCCGCCAGGUGGAAGAGAUGCAGGAGGAGCGUCUCGGUGAGCUUCUUCAACAGCUCGACCGUCUCGAACACCAAUACAGCCUCAAACUUCCCGUCGAUUAUCCUCCGCCACGUGACGAGAGCUACACCUACAAGUCCAUCACAAUGGCCGAGAGAGAUGCCCAAGGAGUCUUUCAUGAGGAACGCGAUGGUGUUGAAGUCCCCUUCCCUGGUACUAAGCUUAGAGAUCUUAUGGUCAAGCCGCCCACCAUGCCCCUGGAGUCUUUGAAAAGAAAAGCCGAUGGCCAACCAGACGGUCAGCCAGCUUCGAAGCUCCUUCAAGCCGCCAAGGACGAGGAUGCCAUGCGUCAGUUGCCACGCCACACGGCUGGCCUUUUGGGUGCAGCUGAAGCGCUCGAAGAUACUGUCGCCACCCCGCCAGAUUCCGCCUCCAAUGCUGCCACGCCGCUGCCCGAGCCUGCCGGAGACAUUGCUGAGGUGCGCGGGCAGCGCCGAACUUCCGCUGAGCCCAACCCCGCCGACGGACCCGAACUGCCCCUUCCGCGCGGAGCUCUCGACCCGGAUGAGUACGGCGUUCGCCUCAUUGUACGCCGCAAUAACAAGGCUGAGAACCCCAAUAACCGCAUCAUGGUACCAAACCUUUUUGAGUGGGACGAUCUCGAUAUUGGUUUCCGCGAUUCGACCAACUCUGCUGAGAAGGGCGCCACCAAAGCUCGUCGCGGCAAAUAUUGGCAGAAGCCCAACUCCAACUACAUGUUCAUCGACCGUCGUGUGGGAAUUUGGGAUUCCACUGAGGCUGCUGGCGAGCUUCCUGAAGCCGAGGUGAAAAAACACAAUCUUCACCCAAAGUACGGCAUCUUUUUGCCCUCCUCCACCAAUCUCCAAGAGUCGCCCAAACCUGUCGUCGACCCAUGGAAACCGGUCGUGCUGGUUCCCCCAAAUGGGGAGCUUAUCCACGCAUCUCGGACCAUCCCAGCUGCGAAAGCCGACCGAGCCUUCAGCAAGCUCGAGGCAAAGCUGGAAGGGAAGAAAAAGUUCUCAGCCUUGCUCAGCCAUAUUUGUGAGCAAGAAGGAGUUGAGGGGGAGGAGAUCACUCCGUCAGCGGAGGAGAUUGAAGGGUUGCGGCGAGAGGAGCUGGCGGCGAGGGGCAUGGACCCCAACAUGGUGUACCAGCCCUCGCCGGCGCCACCCACUCCCGCGCCCGAGCCCGAGCCUGAGCCCACGCUGGAGCAGGCGGCUGGCUUUGGCCAGUUCGCCGAUGACAUGCUCCGUGCUGCGGCGGUUCUGGAGGACGACGAGGCGCGAGACCUCGCGCGCGAGCGUGAGGAAGAAGCUGCUCGGACGGUGAAGAGCGCCGCUUCCAAACCGUACGACGCGGUGCGGGACGCGCUCGGGUUCGACAACUCCUCGGUCCCGGAGGAUACCACUGGCCUGGAUGUUCUCGCACACAUUGCGAUCCGAGAACAUGAGGCAACGGCCCACAUCGACCCUCGGAUUUACAAUCCGAUGCAGGUCGAUGGUCUGGCACGCGACCAUCGCCAGUAUGGUUCGCACGUUGACUACCAGCCCAGUGAGUAUCCUCCGCCGCCCGAGGAGUACCAUGGUCCACCGAUGUCUGAGGGCUAUCAUGGGCUGAGUAUGCCCGGUCACUAUGCCAGUGAGCCGGCCAGAGGAGAUUUUCUCCGUACGGCACUGAAUCCCCAGUCGCCGGUAUACCCUCCACCACCUGCCCCGCCACAAGACUACCCGGCUAGCCAACUUUCUGGCGGUAGGACACCGUUUGCACCCCAAGGGCAAGGUGUAGGCUUACCAGCCUUACGUCCUAUGCGCAGCCUAUUGAACGACAGUCCGCCCCCUCCUGAGCAGCAUAGUCCAGUUCCUCAACACGGCAGCAUAGUGAUGACGAACAGCGGCGCCUUUUACUCAGUCGGGCCUAGUCGUCCUUUUCAUAACGGCUAUUCCGUACCGGAGCCUCAGCACCAUCUACAGCCUCUGAUGCCCGCUCCUGGUCCUGGACCUCUCCAGGCACCACCCAUGGCUGGCCCGCCUGGCACGCAGCAGCUCGCACCUCGCCCUCCUAGCCCCUCGACUGCAUAUCCAGUUUCGCCACCCUAUCAUACACCGAUUGCACCAGCUCCGGCGCCGGGUGUUCAUGCCCCUAUUCUUCCCGCGGCUACUCAACCUCCCAUGCAGUCAUCUCACUCUCGACCUGGAAGCUCCUCUGCCUCGGCCCCUCCCCUUGCUUCCGCUGCCGGUUCAGCAGCGUCGUCUAAAUACCGUAAGCUAGAACCUGCGCCGACGCCACCUCAUCGUAUGACCUACUCGGCCAACGGGCAAGAGCUGCGUACUGUACAGUUCGACUAUCGUGAGGCUAUCAAGGACUAUUCUGCUGUAGAAGCUCCCCCUAGAAGUGGUCCAACACAGAUUCGUGGAUGGACUCACCAAAACAUCCGCAAGGGCCCCAAGCCGAGCUCCUCCCGCGGCGAUACCAACGCUAACCCGCCAAACGCUGACGAAUCCGCCUAGAAGGCGCGAUUUGAAGGUGAGACGAAGACGAACAAGCGCGUCAGCGAGAUUGUCAACGAAGAGAGACCCUUCAAGAGAACUCGGAGAACACCCGCCGCGGAAGCCCAUCUGGCUGAUGUUCACGCCUCACAGUCGUCGAAGAGAGGUGUUCCUGCCGGUAUGACAGGCGUUUUCUCCAUCGACCAAGGGAUACAACGUGGCGAAAGGGGCCCAUCAAAGGUCAACACAGGGGUAGAGGAUGCCGGCAAAGAUGUGUCGGUCAUGGAAUCCAGCCUCCGUUCCACCCUGCCGCGCAUCAAGCAGACUUUGGAGACCAUUCCUGAGGAACCACGGCGUUCACCGAAGACUACAAUUCGGCGGUCUAGCAAGACACCUUCUCCGGAGGAAGAUAAGAAGCCGUCGUCAAAGAUUAUACUUCGGCAGCUAAGCAAGACUCCUUCCGAGGAAGAGGUAAAGGUCGGGCCCGUCAAGAAGAAAACGAUCAUCAAGCUCAAGUCGCCGGUCAAGAAGACUCCCUCUGCGGAGGUGAAGCCAGCAGAAGAGCCAGAGGCCGAGCCAAUAAAGAAGAAGACGAUGAUUAAGCUUAAGGUGCCGGCCGAGAAGACUCCCUCCUCGGAGGAUGGGUCGAUGCUUGAGCACCUGAGACCUUCUCUGCUUCCGCGGUCUCGUAGGGAGCCGUCUACUCCCCCAGGACAGGCCUCGCCUGUUGCUCCUACGUCGAUGGAACUGGCUCACUCAUAUGGCUUGAGGAGCCGUCGCCCUCGGGUCAUACAGUCCUGAGAGGCAUAGAUCACCCCACCAAAUCAUGGCGAAAUGGAGAGAUCUCCCAGUGUUUUGACGUUCAGUUGGCAUUUUCCCACAUAUGGCCGUUAUCUCACAUAGAGAGAGGAGGAUAGGAUUUAUGGAUAUGUUUGCUACAUCAUCACAGUGGCAACAGCAUCCGGAGGAAGCGGUUUGAUGAUUUUUCAGCGCGGAAUUUGAUUUGGAGAAGUGAGAAGAAGGAUUUUGGAGAGGAGGGUACCAAAAAGGAGGGAAUAUUUGGGGAGUUGGGUCAUCACAAGCAUGGCAAAAAGCAUAGCAUUGCAUGGUCAUGGCGUACAUUCAUGGUUAUAUCAUGGAUUGAAUACAUUUUUCAGCAUCAAAAGCCGGUCUGGAUGGACAGGAUGGUCUGGUUUGAGGGGGGUUUUAAGGGGGGAAAGAGGUGUGCACUUGGAACGUUGAUAAGGCACACAAAAUGUUGCAUACAGAAUAUACAUAAUGAUACCACUGGGAAGGAGGGAGGCAAGCGGAAAAUAUGUGGGAUGGGCAUAGGGAUUGAGGAUAUAUUGUACAAACAACUAGAAAGUGGUAGUCUGGUACCUAAUUAUGAGCGAGUUUAUGCUCUGUUUGUA